AUGGUGGUCUAUAUUGAGGUAGACUUGACAGAGUUGAAGGUCUAUACUGGUAUAGACCUAACAGGGGAUAAUUCAGGGUCAAGAAUCACACUUGAUUUUGAACAUUUUCGCUUUUCUCAUUCCCAGUGUUGUUGGAGCCAUCUGGACUUCCUCUGUUGCCUAUACACAAUCAGAUUCAUUUCUGGAACAUUUUCAGAAUUUGUAGAUUCAGACGGCCGACCGGUUGCCGGACCGUCGUCAGUCGCCGGUGACCACGGCGGCGCUGCCAUCACCAUGGAUUCAGGUGUGACUAACAAAUCUGAAAAGCCAAUGCGAGAGGAAGAAGGAAAUUGGGGGUCAUCUCCAUCAGCAGCUCCGAUCUUCCCCGUCAUCUCCAUUAGCACCGCCGUACGACGCCGUCCAUCAGUCUCCAUCGUCCCCGCCGUCCGACGCCGUCCAUCAAUCUCCAUCGUCCCCGCCGUCCACGCUCUCCAUCUUCCCGUCCAUCGCCGUCCCGUCUUCCAUCGCCGAUCUACGUCCCCGCCGCUGCCGAUCGACGUCCCCGCCUCUGCCGCUCGACGUCCCCGCCGCGACGCCUCCGCUCUACAAGCUCAGCUCGACAUCGCAGUACGGACGCCGUUGUACGCUCUCCAAAAAGGAGUUGAAUUGAAACCAGGAAAGCCAUACAUGCAUCAUUUCGACGGCGAUAGAGGAAGGCUCCAUGUUUCUCAGAGUGCUAAUGGUUCAUCCCAGAAAUCUAACGGUUCACUAACAGAAAGCAUACCACAAACAAAUGGUAGAAUCAGAACCCUUGCUGGCAAUCCAUUAUAUGCUGAAAGAGUUACGGGUUUCACCAUGGGAGAUAGAAGCACUUGUCACUUCGACACCUCAAACGCUCCAGCCUCCACAAAGGAACAGGCGUGCACACCCAGCAAAUUUACCUCCAUCGGUAUCUGAAUUUUCUGCGCUAGGGACAUGGAAAUCACCUGUUGAUUCUCCCCAAUCGUUCUCAUAUUGUGAUACAUCCCGUGGGGCAGAUCUCUUCCCAUCACCUAAACUCUCUUCUGGUCCAAUGGUUAUCCACCUGGCUUACGGAAUCUUGCAUAUAAUAAUUUAAGCAGAAGUCUUCCUUAUUUCAUC